GAGAGAGGGGAGUUGGAGGAGAGAAGAGAGGAAGAGAAAUCUUGGCUAGGGUUCGUCUGUCUGCGCGGCCGCCGGCUAGAGAGAAAACACUCGCUCGAUCGAGGAAGGAAGGGCGAUGUCGAAGAAGAACAACCUCGCCACGAGGAGGAGGGCGCACGAGUUCGACCUCCAGAGGGAGAAGGCUGCCAAGGAGGAGCGGGCCAAGAAGCUGCAGGCCAAGAAAUCCAAGAUGAAGAUUGAUGGCAGUGAUAAGAAAAAGAAGGGCAGCAGUUUUAAGGUCGGCAAGAAAAAGGUGAAGACAAAGCUUUCAGCCUUAACAAAAGCCAAGGCCGCACAAGCCAUGGAGGUUGACAAGUGAUUCCAUCGUCUGAAGUGUUCGACGGAUGCUGCUUGUUUUGAUGCAAUCGUGGAAGAAAGGAAGUAGUUCCAUGCUCAGAUCAGUGGCAUUUGCUCUGGCCGAGUCCCAUGUAACCAAGCAACUCCCUUUCUUUUGUGAUGUAUGGCUUGUACGCCUGCAAUGUUAGAGUUUGGACUUAGCAUCUCCAAAGACAUCCUUCAAAUAUAUUAUUUUCUGUAGCCGGAAUUUGCAGCUGAUGUGUCUGAUAAAUUAAAUGUUUUUGCCUCUGCAUACUGUAUCAGAUGCAUCAGCAGGAAGAAUCUGUUCUUACCUAA